UUAAUGAAAAUGUUACUGCUUCCUUGACCUAUUGAAUAAACAGUAAGAUUGAUAUGGUGCAAACGAUAUGCAUGCACUUUCAAGAUGAGAUAAAUGACGUCCGGGUAACAAAGAGGCCAUUCUGCAAACGACGGUCGACCAUUUUUUGAUAACACAUAUAGCUGUAUGUUGCCAGCGUUGUACGUCAAUUUUCUUAGAAGGAAAACGUCAUCUAUUUGAUUAGUAUGAAAAACACCAGUCCCUCCCAUCAAGAUUUUGGUAAAGCAUUAGUAAUAACCAGUUCUGUGUUGUGAUGAGCGCCAUGCCACAGCUGUAUAAUUCACAUGGAAGGGUGUUCGUAACUUGAUAACAAGAAACGCAAACGUAGUUGGAGAAGAGACCUCUGACAUUGAUGACCACGUUCGGAAUCUUCGGAAAAUGAUGGAAGGUUUUAAGAUUGCAAUGGAUGCCCAAAUAAGUCAUAAGGAAAUUUUGGAAAGAAAAAUCAAUGACCUUUCGCAGACUGUGCAGAAUCUAAGGAAAGGUAUCCAUUCGCUGCAAAGAGAAAAUUUACAACAAAACUCCAUGAUUACUAAGCUCCAGGCCAACGAAGCGCUUUGUCAAAAGCUGAUGGAUGGAUUCAACAGCAAUACCUCAUUUACAAUGAAAAUGUUCGACCAGACUUUUUCAGAUAGUCCGCUCCAUGCUCCUGCUGCAAAGCAGUCCAAGGCUGUACUAUCUAAGAGAACGGCGAAUGAUAUACGUAAAGAAACGUUGUUAAAUCCUGUACCAACAGUUUCAUCUUCUGAGGAACCCAUUGCUUUCUACGCUUAUAUGACUCAGCGGUUGUCGUCACCCAGCGCUUUCCACACCUUAGUCUUCGACAAAACAAUAACGAAUUCUGGAUAUGGCUACCAUAAUGCUUCGGGCAUUUUUAUCGUACCAAAAACUGGACUGUACGUAUUUACAUGGACUAUUCAGCUGAAUAAAAAUGCUUACCACAGCACAGAACUGGUUGUUAGUAAUGCUAUACAAGGAGCAGCGUUUUUGAGUGUCUCGCAGCUUGAGGGCUCUGUUUCCGGGACUGCCAUAGUUCAUGCCAACCUAGGAGAUGACGCUUUUGUUCGAACGAAGUCCACAUACAAUGCCGGUGACAUAUAUAGUAGUGCUAUUGGUCGAACUUUUUUUGCGGGGUGGCGUCUUUCUUAGUCGGGAUGUUAUGCUUUUCAUCGUCGAAAUAUAUGUAUAUCGUCUG